CAAUGUCAAAUAUUAAAAGAGAGCAUGAAAGUGACAAUGAUGAAGAGUGGGUCGGUCCAUUACCUUCAGAAGCUGCACCUCAAAAAAAACACAAAGUUUUGGAAUACGAACAAGUAUACACAGACAAUUUACCAUGUUGCGAGUGUUAUGAAAAAUCAUACAUGCAUAGAGAUGUAAUUACUCAUAUUGUGGUAACAAAAUCAAAUUUUGUAUUAACUGCUAGUUGUGAUGGCCAUGUUAAAUUUUGGAAAAAACAAGAAGAGCUUAUAGAAUUUGUCAAACAUUUUCGUGCACAUUUAACGAUUAUACAAUCUAUGGCAGCUAGUUGUAAUGGAGUUCAUGCAUGUACAGUCAGUUUAGAUAAAACAAUGAAAAUUUUUGAUGUCAUUAAUUUUGAUAUGAUCAAUAUGAUAAAGCUAAAUUUUGUACCACUUUGCUGUGAGUGGGUAUAUUCCCCUGGUGAUGCAAUACCUGCUAUAGCAGUUUCUGCUCAAGAAUCAAAUAAAAUCUUUAUUUAUGAUGGACAGGGGACUAGUAUACCAUUACAUGUGUUUGAAAAACUACACACUAAACCUGUUGUUGCUAUGAAAUACAAUCCUGUAUAUGAAACAUGUAUUUCUGUGGACAAAGCAGGCAUUUUAGAAUACUGGACAGGACCGAAAAUGGAAUAUAAAUUUCCUAAAUGCGUGUCAUUUGAUUCCAAACUGGAUACUGAUCUGUUUGAAUUCGCAAAAAAUAAAACCUAUCCGUGUGGUUUAGCGGUAUCACCGGAUGGCAAAAAAUUUGCUUCUCUCAGUGGAGACAGAAAAGUUAGAGUCUUUAAUUUUCGUACUGGAAAAUUGUAUAGAGUAUUUGACGAAACGUUACAAAGAUUUACUGAGUUGCAACAAACGACCCAACAACUACCAAAUAUGGAGUUUGGACGAAGAAUGGCAGUAGAAAGAGAAUUAGACAAGACGGAAACAAAUUUAGGAAAUAUAGUUUUUGAUGAAUCUGGUUAUAUGAUUUUAUAUAGUACGAUGUUAGGUGUAAAACUAGUAAAUUUAUACACAAAUCGAUGUAUCAAAAUUAUGGGAAAACCUGAAAAUAUUCGUCCUAUGCAACUCGCUUUAUUUCAGGGAAAAACUAGAAAAUCCGCCGCUGUAACUGUAGAAAUGGAAGCUUCUGAGAAUCCCACAUUAGAAAUGAAUCGUUCAGAUCCAACUCUCUUUUGUACAGCUUACAAAAAGAAUAGGUUUUAUAUGUUUACAAGAAGAGAACCAGAAGACACUAAAAGUCAAGAAUGUGAUAGAGAUGUUUUCAAUGAAAGACCAUCGAAAGAAGACAUUAUUUCAUCUACAGAAACUACCAAUGUACAGAAGAUAUACGAUACUGCUAUUGUUCAUACAGCUUUUGGAGAUAUUCACCUGAAUCUUUUCGGGAAAGACGUUCCGAAAACGGUGGAGAAUUUCUGUGUCCAUGCAAAGAAUGGUUAUUUCAAUGGACACAUAUUUCAUAGAGUAAUUAAGGGAUUCAUGAUUCAGACUGGUGAUCCUACUGGGACUGGGACUGGUGGAGAAAGUAUAUGGGGAGGCGAAUUUGAGGAUGAAUUUAGGCCACACUUAAAACAUGACAGACCGUACACUUUAAGUAUGGCCAAUGCUGGACCAAAUACAAAUGGCAGCCAGUUUUUCAUUACUUUGACGCCAACUCCAUGGUUGGACAACAAACAUACUGUAUUUGGCAGAGUAGUAAAAGGGAUGGAAGUUGUACAGAACAUUAGUCAAGUAAAAACAAAUCCAAAAACUGAUAAACCUUAUGACGAUAUACGAAUAGUCAGCGUAACCGUGAAAUAAAUAAAUAAAACCAUGAAUGUUUGUAAAUCUUUUUUAUAAUAUAUAUUUGUAUGUACAUUA